UUCAUAUUUAUUUUUUCCAGAUAUGAUGGUCCACAGGAAAGGACUAACAUGGUCAUUGUGGAUAUUAAACUCCUAUCUGGAUUCACAGCUGAUACAUCAAUGCUUAAAACUCAAAGCACUUCAAGCGCAUCACUUGUGGAACGGGUCGAUUCUAAAGAUGAUCAUGUCAUCGUGUAUUUGAAAGAGGUUCCAAAAAAUAUUCCUGUCAGUCACCAGUUACAAUUAAAACAGAUUGUUCCAGUGAAGAAUCUCAAGCCAGCUGUGAUUAAAGUGUAUGAUUAUUACCAAACAAGUGAUCUGUCAGAGACUGAGUAUUCAUCCCACUGUGAGUGAAGUGUCAUGCCUCAGUUCUGCAGCUCGGAUAAAUAUAUUUGAAUGCUAAAUGUUUUUAUUCAGUGUUUAUUCCUUUUUCUAGGCAAAUUAGUUUCCUGAUUAGCCUUUGUUUUAUUAAACCCAAACAACCUGAAAA